GAUAACAUGAAUUCAAUGGGAUUUCUUUUUAGCUAAAUUUUGUUGCAAACAGUUAACAAGAAAAUUCCAACAUGGUGAUAUUGAUUCAAAAUUACCCAGUUCAAAACGGUAACUUUUCUGCAAUAGUUAUAUGUAGGUACCAAUAUACCUGCCAAACUGUCGAUUAUCAUUUGUUUCGUUUUAUCGUUUGAUUUCAUUCAAAAUGUCACUGUAACACACUGCAGACUUCAAACACUUAAAAUAACAUUUUUCUAAAAUUGACAGCAAAUCGCAGGGACAUUAGUUUAAUGCAUGAGGUAAUUUUUAUGUAAUAUCAAUGGUUUUCAAGGAAUGCUUCCUGCUGCUAAGACACUAUCACCCUGGAGGGUGUGGCUUUAACUCUCACAAGAAAACAUGUUUUUUCAACCAUUUCUCAGCCGAUCUCAGAUUCGAGUAUUUUAAUACAUCAAAGUAUGAUAAAGAAAAUUGUUAUGGAUGAAAAGUAUGCUAUGUUUGUUAACAUUGUGUAAACGUAUGCUAUGUUUUUUAACAUUUUAAAAGAAAUUGGGAAUUUAGAUUAAUUUUCUGAAUUGCAAUGUUAGUGAAAAUUAUGUAGAAAAUACUAGAACAAAGCCUCACAGGAGUUAAAUUUCUGUUAUACUGAUUCAUCUAAUCAGAUAUGUAGUGAAAUUAAAAGAAUCUGUUAAGGAGGUAUGCUAAACCAGUGAAAUUUGAUAUGGAUGAAAAGUGGAGGAUGCGUACAACAAUAUUUUGAACAUGAAAACUUUCAAAUUUACUUCAUUUAGUCAAAAAAUGCAGUUUUAGUUGAAAGCAAUCUGAGAAAAAUUUAAAACCCCUGCUAGACUCGAACAUGCAAUCUACAGUUCAGCAGACGACGUGCUAACCUACUAAGCUACUCGGCUAGAAUGUUCAGCAAUAUAUAAUCGAUCAGGAAUUGCACAAAAAGCUGGAAGAUUCCCCCUACUAUUGCAUUCCUUAUGGAUGUGUUGAGGGAGAGGUCAAGUCAAUGGGCACACCUCUGAGGAGCCAUUUCAAAGUCGGAGUGGAAGGAGUCAUACAACACAGCUCUAUGGUUGAACACAAAUCAAGGAGAGUCCAAGGCUUUUGGUCUGAUGUGAAAAAUGUGGUGCGAGACACUCUAGAAGUGAUUCCAUUUUAUCUUGUACCACAUGGAGAAUCCCAGUGCCUCACGAGAAUUAUGGUAACCGAGCCAAACUCUGCCUACCACGUAGAUGAAGAAUUGUCAUUGACUUAUGAAAACUUCAUACAACCACAGACUGACUUAUUCAAGAAAGGGAUGGAGCUCAUCAGUGGGGAGGUCAACAAGGGAUAUCAAGAAACGGAGAAAAUGCUCCUAGUUGGAUCACACCUUUUGGCCAUUGGUAAACUUGUUAAAGAGGGGGAUACUAUCAAAAUGAAGCCUCCCUCAUCAGAAUAUAGAUAUAUCAUUUCCAGGAAAACUAAAGAUGAGCUUGUCCGACUGCUCAGAAACAGGGGCACUUUGUUGAAAGUCUUUGUAGGACUUUUUGGAGUGACCGGAGUUGCGCUUAUUAUUUACCUGGUUUAUAGGUUUUUCAGAAAGCGUAAAAAUUAUAAUGAGGAGCAAAGACUGAGGAGAGAUUUUCAGCAUCUCCGGGAGGAGGAGGAACAGAGACGUGCCAGGGCAGCCCACCGAACAAAUCCAGACAGUUUAUCCUCGGGGGCUGGUUCCACAGACUCAUCAGACUGGGAGAACAAUAAAUGUGUAGUGUGCUUAACAAAUGAGAGAGAAGUUGUUUUGUUAGAGUGUGGACAUGUCUGUUUGUGUGGGGACUGUGCAUUUGCAUUGCCUGAUCCAAAAAUGUGUCCUAUAUGUCGCGGAAAAGUAGUGAGAUUUGUUACAACAUACACACCUUGAUUAUAUAGGUGUGGCUAUAGAAUCGCAAAAAUGAUGAAUUAUGUGAAUUGUCAGGUGAAACUUGUAUACCAUUGAAUGAUGAAAUAGUUAA